GGUGGAGAGAGGGCUUCAUGCAUGCAGUUGCAUAGGCACACACACGCACACACACACGCACACCUCCUGCAUGAGCUCCGUUCGCUCUCCUGUACGAGUCCUCUUUGUUUCUGUGUUAUUUCUGUGGUUUCUGCUGCUGAAAAGGCGUGCUGCGUUACCGCCAACCUCACAAGCACAAAAGGCAACGGUGCGGAGCUGAAGAUCGCAAAAAAGGAAAAAAAGAGAAGAAACUGAUCGACCUCUUUUUGUUUGCAUAGAUUGCUCCUUGAGCUCUACGCGCGGAUAGUCUAACAUCGCUUCACAAAAAAAAAGCAAACAAACGCACCGCCAGUCACGGCAACAUUUAGAAGUGCACAUCAUCUCACGUUGAUAGAUCCACACACACACACACAUAUAUAUAUAUAUAUAUCACGAUUAUUCUAGACGUGUGCUUCCCUGUACAAUUAUAAUAGAAUUUUUUUUUGCUGUUUUCCCUGCUCACCCCCUCUCCCUCCUUUUUGAGGUCUUCAUACAAAAGUCGCCACCGAUUGUGGCCGGUGGAAUGGAUAGAGAACACCCUAGCCAGCGGAGGCUGUACAGGGGCGGAGGUGUAGCCGUCGUGCACCGCUCGAGUUCGUUUCCUGCUUCCGCUGUUGUUCACGCGGAUGGGACCAGCACGCAGCCUAUGCCUGGUAACUCUCUCUCCAGCCCAUACAGUGGGGAGCCGAGUUCCACGCGCCGUGGCAGUGACUGCCGUGUCGGCGUCGCCUCCGUCUCCCGCGGUGCCGCGCACUCGCCGGCGGUGUGGGUGUUGGACGACCCCCUUCGCACCGGUGAGGAGGAGGCAGGAACCGUCGCCGCCGCAGCAGGUGACACGUGGGAGGGGACAGAUCGUGCUGACGUAGAAGACGACGAGGUGGAAUGGCAGAGACAACUAGAAAGUGAGGGCCGCAGCCGGCGCGACCGCGUUCGACAACUCCAGCCGUUGUCACAGCCAUGGAUGGUGGGCGCCGUCGAGCACCACGCCGCCAGCACCGCUCAGGCGCCGUCGCCGCGGGUGCUGGACAACCGACUGCACAGUUUUGUACUACCCCGCUCCCUCUCGCGUGACAGUAAAAUGUCCCUCUCGUCCCGCUCGGCGGAGGCGACGGCGUCUGCCGCGGCGUCCAUCCCGUCCCACGCAGCGCGCGUGAGUGCCCCACCGGCGGAGACGACAGAGGAUGAGCUGUCCACCUCCACCGCUUCGUCCUCGCGUCAACGCCAUCCCGCGCCGUCUGCCGCUGCUGCCGUUGCCACACGCGCGAGGAGGACACCGCAGCAGGUAGCGUCGGCAUCCACUCAUCGCGCCGCCUCCGCUGCGCAGCACCGCACGCAAGAGGUGCAGGACGAGUCUCCCGGCUCAACACAACGCACCUCUUCUCGAUCUCCUUCUUCGGCGUCUUCGGCGUCUUCCUCGGCGCUUUCCGCGGCAGCGAAGAAAACGGUUCUAUCCCCGUCCUCGUUCAAACAAUCCCUCCGCACUUCUCAUCCGGUCAGCCUCGACGUGGAUGGCUUGGGUCCGCUCAUGGUGGUGCAUUUGGAUGUCCUCCCUGCGCUGGGCCACGCUCGUGCGGCGUCGACAACAACGCCAGCUGGGCAACACUACAGUGACCUCCAAUCGUCUGCGGUGGGUGUCGCAGCGGACAUGAGCCCCAGUACCGCCCUCGUUGUGCACCCGGAUGCGACGGCGGCGGAGUCCUCCGUGGACGACCGUGGAGAACCAACCGCCGCUGUCAAGGCGCUGGUGGUGCAGGAGGCAGACGGGGCCCACAGCCGCGAGGUCGCCGCGUUGUACGCGAAGCUGGAGGUGGCUGAGCAACGGGCCCGCAUUGCCGAACAGCAGGUGAGCGCCGCCGCGGAGCUCCGUGCAGGGGAGUUGCUGCAGAGCUACAAAGCAGACGAGCGGCAGCGCCGGGCACAUUUCCAAACCUCUCUUGACACCCUGCGGGAAGAGAACAGAGAGCUGACGGCGCAGCUGGAGGCGGCGGCGCGGGCGCCUGCGAUGGGUCUCCGCCCCUCCACGUCCGCUGCUGCUUCUGUGCUCCCCUACGCACCCUUAACGGCGAAGAGGGGGGAGGAGGCGGGGUCCCUCGCUCUGGCCAGCGGGGUGGACGUUGUCCAUCAGGUGCAGUCCGUCGAGGCGUACUGGCGAGAGCGGCUGCGCAACGCGGAGCGGCACUGGGAGGACGAGAUGACGCAGCAGGCACGCCAGCGACGCGAGGCGCUCGACCAGGUCGACGAGCUGGUGCGCACGGUCGAGCAAACGCAGGAGGAGCUGCGCUACACCCGCCGGCAGGCCGCGCGUCUACGAGAGGAAAAUGUGCGGCUUGCCAACGCUGCCUCUCCGGGUGGGCUGUCUGCCUCGGGGCAGCUGCCGAGUGCGGCGGUGUCGGCCGAGGCGGUGGCCCGGCUGCGUCAGGCGCUGAAGGAGCACGAGCACCGCGAGGCGGCGCUGCUCGCACAGGUGGAGAGCUACGGCGAGGAGGCGACGCAGGUGCGACUGCGCUACGAGGCGGCGCUCGAGAAGGCGCGGCAGGACGUGGACGCGGAGCGGCGCCGCAGUACGGAGAUGGUGAAGCUGUACGGCAGCCAGUUGGAGUCGCUGCACCACCAGCUGCGGGAAUCGAAGAUGGCAGGCGCCCCUCGAUGA